UGACGCCAGCAGGCUUCCGGGGGUGGCCCCCGGGGAGGUCGGCGGCGGCGCCGCAGUCGUGGAGGGGCAGUGGGAGCGUAAGCGGCCGUGGGCGACGCAAGUUCCGCACAGAGCUCUUCCCUUCUCGCCUCACGCUUCUUCCUCUCUCCUAGUCGCGUGCUGCCUCCCGACGGCCGCUCGUCCUGACCAGAGCUUUCGGAGUGCGGUGGCUGAGGAGAAGCCGUCACCACCCCGCCUCGGGGCCGAGUCAGGGUUCCUGUCGCGCCGCGUCGCCCCCUGCGCCGCCUUCUUGCCCUCAGUGGCGGGCGCCCUUCUCGCUCGAAGCACUCCCCCCAGCUCCAUGAAUGGAAAUCGGCUCCGCAGGUAGUUGUGAAGAUACAUUAAGAUAACAGAUGAGAAUUGAGUUUGAAAUAGAUGUUAGUGCAACGUCAAAUGCAAGAUGGCAUUUCUUCCAUCCCUGAGUUCUCGUCUGAUGUUCGUGGCAGCUUGGUAUACAGUUCCUGAGGAUCUUGGAAAUGUCAUAUCAGCCUGGAUCACUGCUUAUGUGAGGAGAAUUUAAUUCCUCUGACAGUGAUGGAACACCCUGAGGGAAAACUGAAAAGGAAACAAGAAACAACUGUUUUCUUCUAAACAAAGACUUAAAAGACCUGUUGGGGCCCAGCCCCUACUCAUGGUGCCCAGAAGACCUGGCUAUGGCACCAUGGGCAAACCCAUUAAAUUGCUGGCUAACUGUUUUCAAGUUGAAAUUCCAAAGAUUGAUGUCUACCUCUAUGAGGUAGAUAUUAAACCAGACAAGUGUCCUAGGAGAGUGAACAGGGAGGUGGUUGACUCAAUGGUUCAGCAUUUUAAAGUAACUAUAUUUGGGGACCGUAGACCAGUUUAUGAUGGAAAAAGAAGCCUUUACACAGCCAAUCCACUUCCUGUGGCAACUACAGGGGUAGAUUUAGAUGUUACUUUACCUGGAGAAGGUGGAAAAGAUCGACCUUUCAAAGUGUCAAUCAAAUUUGUCUCUCGGGUGAGUUGGCACCUGCUCCAUGAAGUACUGACAGGACGGACCUUGCCCGAACCCCUGGAAUUAGACAAGCCAAUCAGCACUAACCCUGUCCAUGCCGUCGACGUGGUGCUACGACAUCUGCCCUCCAUGAAAUAUACACCUGUGGGGCGUUCCUUUUUCUCAGCUCCAGAAGGAUACGACCACCCUCUGGGAGGGGGCAGGGAAGUUUGGUUUGGAUUUCAUCAGUCUGUUCGGCCUGCCAUGUGGAAAAUGAUGCUUAAUAUUGAUGUUUCUGCCACUGCCUUCUACAAAGCACAACCUGUAAUUCAGUUCAUGUGUGAAGUUCUUGAUAUUCAUAAUAUUGAUGAGCAACCAAGACCUCUGACUGAUUCUCAUCGGGUAAAAUUCACCAAAGAGAUAAAAGGUCUGAAGGUUGAAGUGACUCAUUGUGGAACAAUGAGACGGAAAUACCGUGUUUGUAAUGUAACAAGAAGGCCUGCCAGUCAUCAAACCUUUCCUUUACAGUUAGAAAAUGGCCAAACUGUGGAGAGAACAGUAGCACAGUACUUCAGAGAAAAGUAUACUCUCCAGCUGAAGUACCCACACCUUCCCUGUCUGCAAGUGGGGCAGGAACAGAAACAUACCUACCUGCCGCUAGAAGUCUGUAAUAUUGUGGCAGGGCAACGAUGUAUCAAGAAGCUAACGGACAAUCAAACCUCCACUAUGAUCAAAGCCACAGCAAGAUCUGCACCAGAUAGACAAGAGGAAAUUAGCAGAUUGGUAAGAAGUGCAAAUUAUGAAACAGAUCCAUUUGUUCAAGAGUUUCAAUUUAAAGUUCGAGAUGAAAUGGCUCAUGUAACCGGACGCGUACUUCCAGCACCUAUGCUCCAAUAUGGAGGCCGGAACCGGACUGUAGCAACACCAAGCCACGGAGUAUGGGACAUGCGAGGGAAACAGUUCCACACAGGAGUUGAAAUCAAAAUGUGGGCUAUAGCUUGUUUUGCCACACAGAGGCAGUGUAGAGAAGAAAUACUGAAGGGUUUCACGGAUCAGCUGCGGAAGAUUUCCAAGGAUGCGGGGAUGCCCAUCCAGGGCCAACCUUGCUUCUGCAAAUACGCGCAGGGGGCCGACAGCGUGGAGCCCAUGUUCCGGCAUCUCAAGAACACCUACUCAGGGCUGCAGCUCAUUAUCGUUAUCCUGCCUGGGAAGACGCCAGUGUAUGCGGAGGUGAAACGUGUCGGAGAUACACUUUUGGGUAUGGCUACACAAUGUGUUCAAGUCAAGAAUGUAAUAAAAACAUCCCCUCAAACUCUCUCAAACCUGUGCCUGAAGAUAAAUGUUAAACUUGGAGGGAUCAAUAAUAUUCUUGUACCUCAUCAAAGACCUUCUGUGUUCCAGCAACCAGUGAUCUUUUUGGGAGCAGAUGUCACUCAUCCGCCAGCUGGUGAUGGGAAGAAGCCUUCUAUUGCUGCUGUUGUAGGUAGUAUGGAUGCCCACCCAAGCAGAUACUGUGCCACCGUCAGAGUUCAGAGACCCCGACAGGAGAUCAUCCAGGACCUCGCCUCCAUGGUCCGAGAACUUCUCAUUCAGUUUUAUAAGUCAACUCGGUUCAAGCCUACUCGUAUCAUCUUCUAUCGGGAUGGUGUUUCAGAGGGGCAGUUCAGGCAGGUAUUAUAUUAUGAACUCCUAGCAAUUCGAGAAGCCUGCAUCAGUUUGGAGAAAGACUAUCAACCUGGAAUAACCUACAUUGUAGUUCAGAAGAGACACCACACUCGACUGUUUUGUGCUGAUAGAACUGAAAGGGUCGGAAGAAGUGGCAAUAUCCCAGCUGGAACAACGGUCGACACAGACAUUACACACCCGUAUGAGUUUGAUUUUUACCUCUGUAGUCAUGCUGGGAUACAGGGUACCAGCCGACCUUCACACUAUCAUGUUUUAUGGGAUGAUAACUGCUUUACUGCAGAUGAACUUCAGCUGCUAACGUACCAGCUCUGCCACACUUACGUGCGCUGUACACGAUCUGUUUCUAUACCUGCACCAGCGUAUUAUGCUCACCUGGUGGCAUUUAGAGCCAGAUAUCAUCUCGUGGACAAAGAACAUGACAGUGCUGAAGGAAGUCACGUUUCAGGACAGAGCAAUGGACGAGAUCCACAAGCUCUUGCCAAGGCUGUACAGAUUCACCAAGAUACCUUACGCACGAUGUACUUUGCUUAAAAAGUCUAGGAAUAUUCUCUGAGAGGAAGAACUGGAAAA